CCUGAAGAUUGGGGCAAAGCUCCAAUAUGGAUGCAACAUCCAUACUGGACGUGCUGUCAAUAUCUAGGAAUGUUAAUAGAGCCCCAUGACUGCGAAGGAACUCUUGGAGAUCUGGUAGAUCAUGAUGGUGUAGGAAGUCAAGGGAUACCAUCUCAAGUGAAGGGAAAUCCCAAGCACAAGCCUCUUCGACGAGAUCCGCUAUGAGGCCAUGCAAACAUAACUGUCUCAGUCUCGGGAAACUGAGGGCCAUCCCAGACACAGCACCGAGUUUGACAUCGUCGCUCGUAGAGCCGGCAAUCUCGAGAUGGAGGUAGGACAAUGAUGAAAGGGAUUCCAGGAUAAGAAUAACUUUCUUGAUGUAUUUCGCGGAUACGUUCAGACGUAACGUCCGAAGGCCUCUUGCACGUGUGCAUAGCACAUCCGCGAGCGGAGAGAAGGAAGCCUUCAAGGGAAAAUCAGCCGCGAGGACCUCGAUACGUCUGCAACGCUGUAGAAUAGACGCGAGCGUGUUCAAGGUCUCUGAGGUGUCCCAUCGAUUAGCGUGGAGAAAGGGCAUGAUAGAGAUCCGUCGGACCCAUUUCCAAACAGUAGGGUCCCUCUCCAGCAAGGCAAAGAACUGAUUGAAGUGGUUUAGAUCAUUGAAGCACAAAGCUUCAAACAUAAACUCGGAAAUCAACUGCCUCCAAUUCCGACAAGUUAAUGUGACAGUCUGAGGAGAGCAAUUAGUCCAGGUCCCAAUGCAUAGAGGAUACAAUCCACCUUUAGGAGAGAAUAUCUUUGACCGUAAGCGACAAUUAGCUGUUCGCUUGGUGUACGAAGGGCCCAGUUGCCGUAAAUCAUUCUGAACCAUGAGCAGGGUGUCGUUGAAUCAGGAAGUUCGACCAUGGACGGGAUUCUCUAGUUGCUAUCAGACAUGCAAGUUGAACUUAGAAUGGACAGAAGCGGACUUGUUGUCAUCAGUGGUAGCCGGUCCGCUGCGGCCCGUGUGCUCAGCAUUACUACUCAUUAUGAUCUCGAAGUAAAGCAGUCGUUUACCUCUACUACGCUCUACCACCGUCCACAAGAUGCAUCCAGCUUUGUGCAUCGACGAAAUACUCCUUCAGGUAUUCUCCUAUCUACGUCCUCCAAACAAUCGGUGGAAUGACCGGUACUACGUGGGCAAAAUCCGAAGUGCUCGGAAGACCCUUGCCUCUAUGGCUCGCACAUGCAAGUUAUUCUCUGAACCAGCUUUGAACCUUCUUUGGGAACGUCAAAACUCCAUCUUGCCUUUACUAAAAGUGCUGCCAACGUUCCGCAGGAACGAGAAUGAUGCAUAUAGUAUCGUCUCACCCAUAUCCCCUGAGGACUGGGAACGAUUCCAAUCCUACGCCAGACGCAUACAUAUUUUUAUUUACUCCUCAAGCAAAAGCAUUCAUUCAUCCGUCUUUGCAUGCCUUGCUCAAGCAAGAGGGGAUGCUCCAUUACUACCUUCACUGCGUCACAUCGUGUGGACAAGGUCUUCUACCUUUGGAGACGAGAUGGUCUUAUUUGUUGCGCCAUCGUUGAAAAUCGCUGACAUUGGUCCCUUUGGAUACGUCAGUUGCAUGGACGAGGUUGAGACGUUUGACGGAAACCAUGGUCUUGAGGUACUACUCGACUCCUUGGUUAAAGUGGCCAGUAACUUGGAACAAUUGAAGGUAGAGGGGUCGCUCACCUCCGCCUGCACGUCCAGCAUAUCCCGACUUCGCAACUUGCGGGUCCUCGACCUGAGCGCUUGCGGUUCCUGGUCAAGUAUCCAGACAUUUCAAACCCUUGCGACAAUGGAACAUCUAACCCAGCUCCAAAUCAAUACCCUCAGUCUUGGCAUGGACGGCGGCCAAACUGAGGUGCCCUUCAGUUCUCUUCAGAUUUUGGAGAUCUCGGGCUCCCCUUCUUCCAUCAAUUCUGUUGUCCGUUCCAUUUCGUCGACACACUUGCGUGCAAUCACCAUCAAGGGCACGUAUUCGUAUCCUCCGGAAGAGUGGCAACCUUGCUGUAGCACUCUCAAUUCGCGUUUCUCUAACUCUCUCAGAGAAUUCCGCAUGAAUCUCCUCCUAGGAUGCCUAUCAAUGACCAAGGAGAGCGAGGACGUCAUGCAGCUUAUUCGGCCUUUGGUUGACAUUUCUAUGCUACGCGUGGUGGCAUUAGAUCUGGAGGGGCACUUACGUGUAGACGAUGCCGACAUCACUUCAAUGGCUUCGGCUUGGCGGGAGUUACGAGAGUUCCGUCUGUGGUGCCAUAAAUCCGGCAACGGUCCAUCAUUACAGUCUCUCGCCGCCUGCGCCGCUUUCUGUCCGCAGCUUGCUCAACUUGAGCUCCCAAUAGAUGCUCGUCGGUUGCGAGCGACGAACCAUGGUCAUGAUGGAGAUAAAACGGGCCCACAGGCCGGAAGCCCUGAUUCACCAUGUCCCUCUGCAGACGUCGCCUCUUUCGGUCUGAGACGUUUGACCUUACUUGGGAACGUAGGCAUAGACGAUCCGGAGAGGGUAGGAAGCCGCAUCAGAGGAUUGUUCCCCAUGCUUCGUCAUUUUGAAGCAUACGCUUGGGACCCAUCUAUGAACACAAUGUGGACUCAGGUCAAGAGGUCUCUCCCAUCUCUACGGCGAACUAAGCCAAGAGAGCCUUGGGUCAUUCGCAAACCCAGGUGAUACUUACAUCCACACGCUCGGUUCCUCUACCUGAGUGCACUCGUACUUAGUGGUUGCCUUUGGCAAGGACGGUUUCAAUGGAUCAUUGUAUUUCUACUCACCACAAAGUAACGGAUGUAUGUUAAUGAUCACCAGCUUUGCCUUCUGGUCGUCUAGUUUUGAAUAUACCGCGUUCCUGGACUCCUUC